AUGGUCGUGGACGUGGACGUGGACGUAGACAUGGUCGUGGACCUUGACGUGGACGUGGUCGUGGUCGUGGACGUGGUCGUGGACGUGGACAUGGACGUGGACGUGGACGUGGACGUGGACGUGGACAUGGACGUGGACGUGGACGUGGACGUGGACGUGGUCGUGGACGUGGACGUGGACGUGGACGUGGACGUGGACGUGGGCGUUGACGUGGGCGUGGACGUGGACGUGGACGUGGACGUGGGCGUUGACGUGGUCGUGGACGUGGUUGCGGACGUGGACGUGGACGUGAACAUUGAUACGUGGACGUGGACGUGGACGUGGUCACGUGGACGUGGACGUGGACGUGGACGUGGACACGUGGACGUUGACGUGGUCGUUGACUUGGACGUGGAGGUGGACGUGGACGUGGUCGUGGACGUGGACGUGGACGUGGACGUGGACGUGGACAUGGACGUGGAUAUCGACGUGGACGUGGACCUGGACAUGGUCGUGGACGUGGUCGUGGACGUGGACGUGGUCGUGCACGUGGACGUGGACGUGGUCGUGGACGUGGACGUGGACAUGGACGUGGACGUAGUCGUGGACGUGGUCAUGGACGUGGAGGAUUUGGACGUGGAGGACUUGGACGUGGACGUGGACGUGGACGUGGACGUGGUCAUGGACGUGGAGGACUUGGACAUGGACGUGGACGUGGACGUGGUCGUGGUCGUGGACGUGGUCGUGGACGUGGACGUGGUCGUGGACGUGGUCGUGGACGUGGACGUGGUCGUGGACGUGGUCGUGGACGUGGACGUGGACGUGGUCGUGGACGUGGAGGACUUGGACGUGGAGGACUUGGACGUGGACUGA